CGGCAGCCGGCUGGGAGGCCUGGUUACGGUGUUGUGCUUCUUUUUCAAUCAUGGGGAGUGCACCCGGGUGAUGUGGACGCCGCCUCUCCGCGAGAGCUUCUCCUACCCGUUCCUCGUCCUGCAGAUGCUACUUGUGACCCAUAUUCUCAGGGCGGCCCAGCUCCACAGAGGAAGCCUGGUGGCGCUCUGUGCGGCCAACGUGUUCUUCACGCUACCCUGGCAGUUCGCGCAGUUCGUGCUCCUCACCCAGAUUGCAUCGUUAUUUGCAGUGUACGUUGUGGGGUACAUCGAUGCAUGUAAAUUACGGAAGAUCAUUUAUACGCACAUGACUUCCCUCGCCCUGUGCUUUGUGCUGAUGUUCGGAAACUCCAUGCUGCUGACUUCUUACUACGCAUCGUCUCUGGUCACCGUGUGGGGUGUUCUGGCAAUGAAACCAUAUUUCUUGAAAAUGAAUGUCUCCGAACUUAGUUUAUGGGUCAUCCAAGGUGGUUUUUGGUUAUUUGGAACUGUCAUACUCAAAUAUCUGACAUCCAAAAUCUUUGGUAUUGCAGAUGAUGCUCACAUCGGCAACUUGCUGACGUCCAAGUUCUUCAGCUACAAGGACUUCGACACGCUCCUGUACACCUGCGCCGCCGAGUUCGACUUCAUGGAGAGGGAGACCCCCCUGAGGUACACGAAGACGCUGCUGCUCCCGGCCGUUCUCGUAGUGUUCUUCGCCAUCAUGAGGAAGGUUAUUAGUGACAUGUGGGGUGUCUUUGCCAAACCACAGACACAUACCAGGCACCAUUCGGAUCGUGGAGAGCUGGCCUACCACGCGCUGCAGCUGCUGGCCUACACCGCCCUCGGGGUUCUCGUCAUGAGGCUGAAGCUCUUCCUGACCCCACACAUGUGCAUCAUGGCCUCCCUCAUCUGCUCCAGACAGCUGUUUGGAUGGCUCUUCUGCAGAAUACACCCCGGCGCUGUCGUGUUUGCCGUCCUGGCCGCCAUGUCGGUGCAGGGCUCGGCAAACCUGCAGACCCAGUGGAGCAUCGUAGGCGAGUUCAGCAACCUGCCGCAGGAAGAGCUCAUAGAGUGGAUCCGGCACAGCACCGGGCCAGAUGCCGUGUUUGCGGGCGCCAUGCCCACCAUGGCCAGUGUGAAGCUGUCUGCACUCCGGCCCGUCGUGAAUCACCCCCAUUACGAAGACGCAGGCCUGAGAGCCAGAACCAAGAUUGUGUACUCCAUGUACAGCCGGAAGGCGGCCGAGGUGGUGAAGCGGGACCUGGUGCGGCUGGGGGUGAAUUACUACGUCCUGGAGGAGUCCUGGUGUGUGCGGAGGACCAAGCCUGGCUGCAGUAUGCCAGAAAUCUGGGACGUGGAGGACCCUGCCAAUGCUGGGAAGACGCCCCUGUGCAGCCUCCUCGUGAAGCAGUCCGAGCCGCACUUCACCACGGUCUUCCAGAACAGCGUCUACAAGGUCCUGGAGGUUAUUAAAGAGUGACGCUCGCACGGCCUGCAGAGGACUGCGAUGGCAGCGGUUUUAAUGUUUGCUAACCUGUCCUGUGCUGUUUCUAAUUCAGAUCACCAGAACUUUGAUAGCUAACUGUUUUCGAUAGAAAACGUUUUAUUUGUCAACUCGAAUGCCAUUCUGGUUGUAAAAAUGACAUGCCAUCUCAGUUGGUUAUUUCUCAGUGCACCCCUUGAAAUUUGCUAUGCAAAUGAGUAUGACAUGCUUGUGCCCAACUUAACCAUGUGUGCUGCGGUGGGGGUCGCGACAGGGCCUGGUGAGCGGAGGCAGCCCUCGCGGGUGUGCGCGGGGCUAGUCGUUAUGUCACGUGGGCUUGUGGUUCCUGGGCUCCACGCCCCACCCUGGCUUCUGUGCAUCUCAGUGGUUGCCGUGAACCCCACUCUGGUCCCGUGAUCCCUGCCCUACCGUGCUCCCUCCACUCCACCGUGAGCCCCGUCCCUACCGUGCCCCCUACUUCCAUACCGUGAGCCCUGCCGGGGGCCUCGAGCUGCAGAGGAAGGACCGGCCAGGGGGGACUGCGGCCUGCCUCCUGGACUUCCUCCUGCUCGCUCCCCUGCCUCUGCGGAUGAAGCCCUCCCUCCCGGUGUUCGCUCAGCUCACAGACCGGCCUCAGACCCGCAGCCUGUGCUGCCACCUCUUGUCCCCUGCCCUGCCCUGCUGCCCCCUCUCCUGCUGUCCGUCAGAGAAGUGCUGUCUACUCAGUGGCUCGUCAAGUACUUAGUGUUGGCUUCAAAGAAUUAAUGGUAACUGUAUUUUUCUCAUUUUUAGUGUUAUUCAAAUGUCUAUAUUUUAAUACCUUUAAACCACUUUAAAAUUUUUUCAUGUUUAAUUGUAAUUUUAAGAAAAACUAUUUUGAACAACUCCAAAUAUAAUGCAUCUAGAAACUAA